UUAAAUGCCCAGGAGAGCAGCCUUUGCAGAAAAAAGAGGGAGGAAAUCUCCAAAAGCAGCCAAGAGGAGCAAGCUCUUUUUAGGACUGGUUGAGGGCCCAAGCACCAGACCUCCUUUGCCCAACAAACUCAAGGAUGAUCCAGCGACACCAGCUUGUACAGUCUGUGCUCCAGGAGUUGCAGGAGGCUACUGAAUGCUUUGGUCUAGAUGGACUAACCAGUGCAGCCUUGGAGGCUGAGAGAACAUUGUCUUCUUUCUCCUUACCUAGCUACUCUAGGAAACAGUUUCAGGAAGAGCUAGAAAUUGACCAGGUAGCUAGAAGUCUCUACCCAGAAGAUGCUCCUGGACGUAUGUUGCCUUUGAUUUGCAAAGGUGAAGGGAAUCACCUGUUUGAGGCAGCCAGCAUGAUUUUGUGGGGAAAUACCAGCCUAAGUUUGGAGUUGCAAGUACGUACAACUGUGGAGAUGUUACUUCACAAGCAAUACUACUUGAAAGGCAUGAUAGACUCCAAGGUGAUGCUCCAGGCUGCUCGCUACUCACUUUGCACCGAGGAAUCUCCUGAAAUGACUAGCUUACCCUUAGCUGUACUAGAGGCUAUUUUUGAUGCUGACAUCAAAGCCACCUGCUUCCCUGGGACAUAUGCUAACAUGUGGCAUGUCUAUGCCCUCGCAUCUGUGGUGCAGUGCAACAUCUAUUCCAUCUACCCAAUGAGCAACCUAAAGAUCCGGCCAUACUUUAACCGACUGAUAAGACCUAGAACAUGUAGUAUGCAAGUCUCCACGCUUCACAUCAUGUGGUCAGGGCAGCAGCUCUCCAGCCAGGUUUUCAAAGCUCAGUACUUUGUGCCUGUUGUGGGGGUGGAAGAACUGGAGCCUACCAAUCCACCUCCUGAACCUCAAGUGCAGCCGGUGAAGACCCUGGAGUUGCUUAACAAGGAUCCACAGGUGACUUACUCUGACCUACGUGAAAGAUACAGCAUUACCAAAAGUACAUUCUAUCGGUGGAAGCGCCAGUCCCGAGAGCACAGGCAGAAAGCAGCUGCCAGAUUUGCAGCCAAACACUUCUUGCAGUCCUGCUUCCAAGAGGGCAACAUUGUCCCUCUUCAGCAUUUCCGAAAAAUGUUUCCAGAAAUCUCUCGCUCCACUUACUAUGCCUGGAAGCAUGAGAUGCAAAGCAUGCUGAAUGGUAAUGUUUCUUCCCCUUCUGAAGGUGUGUUGUCAAAGGAUCCUCAGGUGUGCAAACCAGAGAAUGUCUGUACUGGCACAGAUGGAGCUAUUACAAAGUCUGACGGAGGCCUGGGAUCUAUAAGCCCUCUCCUGAAUCCCACUCAAAAUGGGGCCUCCAUGCAAGGAGCCAAGUCUUACCUGGAAAAUUCAAUUUCUAUGAAUACUCUUGUACCCUAUAGGAGCUUCAAGCGGAGUUUUCCUGGCAUCUCCAGGUCUACCUAUUACAACUGGAGGAGAAAAGCCAUGAAGGAGAACACUAACUUCAAGCCUUCCCAGACUCUUUCUGUUAAUCAGAUACCUCUUAUGAACAGGAAGCCAUAUCUUCCACUGAAGCCAGAAAACCUGCCUGUAGGGAAGAUGCUUAAUGGACACAACCCACAGCCCCGAAUUCAAGUGCGAAUGAAACCAACUCUGUACAGCUGGCAAAAGCAACUUCGUGACUUAGCCAAGAAACAUGUCUGCCAAUGGAAAAUGCCCUUCUGCAAGUUCCGCCUGCGCUAUCCAGGUGUGUCUUCUACAGCCUAUUGGUUUUGGAGGAAAAGAAGCAGCAGUCAGCCCAAAAAGCAUCCUUUUGCAUCAAAUGGGGUUUCCAGAAACCUGGAAAAGAUUACUGAGACUGGUGAAAAGUCACAGCUUGAAUUGCAUUCACUACAGGAAAAGGAAACUGUCCCAGGACCAUUGGAAAAACAAAUGGCUCAGACCAACAAUGCCAUGAUACCAGGUUAUCAAAUGGCAGGGCGAGUCAAUAAUGAUGACAUGUUUGUGAUGGAUGUGAUUGCCACAGCACAGUUCAAAGCCCAAGCCAAGCUGUUUCUCCAGCAGCGCUUUGAGUCGAAGACCUUCCCAACGUACAAGGAAUUCAGAGCCCGCUUCCCCCUGACGGCACGUUCUACCUACUACAUGUGGAAACGUGCACUGCAUGAUGGACUGACCCUUGUGGAUUCCUAAAUGCCCAAAAGUUGCUGUCAUCGUAUCAGUAGGACAUAUAACCUCUACAAGCAUCUUGUUUUGGUCUUUUCUUUUGUUACAUUUCUUUCCAUGGUACCUGGACUUGGACUCUGACUCUGAAAAGCCUCAUCCAUUAAAUGUGUGAAAAAAGGUGGAAAUGAUAUUAAGGAUGAGACAUUGUUUUUGUACUGGGCCAUGUGUAGCUUCCACACCCUCAGGG